UGGUCGCGCAGAUCUGUCAGUGACCGGAUACGGCGUGGGGUCGGUUUGUAAACCGGUGCAAGUAACGUUAGUUUUUUGGGGAUUAAUUUUCUCUUCAUAUGUCUAGCUAUAACCGUAUUAGUUAGAUAUCGGGCGUUUUGUUACUAUAAUCACAGUAAUGGAGGGGAUGGUUUAAUAACCCACAGCACGGUUCACUCUCAGUAGCUCCAGCUUCUCCCGGUCUUACCGGGUGAGUUCAACUUGCGCAGUUUGUUGCUGGACAUGGCAGGCGAGUUGAAAGCGGGAUUCGUGCGGCUCAUGCACUAUUUGCAGGACCCGCAGCACGUCGCGCGCUUCCAGCGGCUUUGCGGGGUACGCGAGACCGAACCUCGUGACAGACUUCGUAACGGGGCGCCAAGCGUUCGCCACGGGGAUGUUCAGAACGGAUGCGGGGAUGCCACCCGCCGCAGACCAGCAGGAGCAGAGAGCGGCAGGGGGAAAGGCAGUAACGUCUUGGCGAACGGCGCUGCAGGAGAAAACGUCAACGGGCAGGCGCGGGAUAAAGACGGGGUCGAGGCUCAGGGAUCCGCGGUAAAGCCGUUGCGCAGAAACUCUCUCACCGGGGACGUCGGGCAGGAGUUCAUCAUCGACAAUAAGUUUCUUUUCUACCUGUUCACGCUUGGCACUGAGCUAGGGAACGAGCUGUUCUAUAUCUCAUUCUUCCCGUUCUUCAUGUGGAACGUGGACGCGUAUGUGAGCCGCCGGCUAGUCGUGGUCUGGGUGUUGGUCAUGUAUCUCGGCCAGUGCACGAAAGAUGUGAUCCGGUGGCCGAGACCUGCCUCGCCCCCGGUGGUCAAGGUGGAGAUGUUCUACAACUCGGAGUACAGCAUGCCCUCCACGCAUGCCAUGUCCGGUACCGCCAUACCCUUGUGCCUUUUCCUGCUGACCUACCGUCGAUGGGAGUAUCCUCUGCUGUUGGGUCUCUCUCUGGCCAUCAGCUGGUGUGUCCUAGUGUGUUCGAGCCGCAUAUACAUGGGCAUGCACUCCAUACUGGACAUCAUUGCUGGUUUUCUGUUCAGUUUGCUGAUCCUGUUGGUCUUCAGUCCUGUUCUGGACAUCAUCGACACCUUUAACCGCAUGCAUCCCUACGCCCCGCUCAUCAUCAUCUCCCUUCACGUAGGACUAGGCCUCUUCUCCUUCACCUUGGACACCUGGAGCACCUCACGUGGCGACACUGCCCAAAUCCUGGGCUCCGGGGCAGGUAUCGCCUUGGCAUCCCACAUCAACUACCACCUCGGCCUUUUGCCAGACCCACCUGCAUCAGCGUUGCCUCUUCAGCCUCCAUCUUUCACCCUCAGCCUGAUCGGACUCUGUCUGGUCCGCUUUCUCCUCGGUGUCAUCAUUCUCUUAGCUACCAGAGCCGUAAUGAAGGCUCUCACCAUCCCGCUUGUCUGCUGGCUUUUUGGGAUCCCCAGCAACGAUGUUCGGAAAGCCAGGCAGCACAUGGAGGUGGAGCUGCCGUAUCGUUAUAUCGUCUACGGAACAGUGGGGUUAAAUGCGCUUUUCCUUGUGCCUUUCCUGUUUGCACAUGUGGGCCUGUUGUGAUUAGAUGCAAAAAACACCAAUUCUUUCGACCAAUAAGAGCCCAAUUGGACUGCAGAGGCAACUCCAUUUGAAUCAAUGAUUGGAUGGAACUAAUGCCAAUCAUGUACACUGUGCUGCACCUUCCAGAUGCUCCUCAAAUGUGUUUUCCAUCAUUUACACUGUAGUUUAUCAGAUGUUCUAUUCAAAACACCUGUUUGGUGUUGAUCCAGAGAAUAUUGUUUUUUUCUAUACAGUUCUAUUUACAGUACAGUAGCAUAUCUAUCAGAUUCUAUUCUUAUCUAAAAUGUAAAACUUUUGUAUCCUACGGUGUUUGUUAUAUUUUUCGCAAGCAAUACAGCAUUUUUGCUAUUUAUCAAACUUGAGAGGAAUUUUGACCAAUCUUUUGACAAGUUUUGUUCAUGCCACAGUAGGAGGACUCAAACUCUUGCAUCAAGAGUUGACUGAAAUUUCUCUUUUUGAAGGUGUGACUCAUGCAAAAUCUCUACGAUGAAUAGGCUGGAACUGAUGCCAGCAUUUAUAUUUCUUAUGUUUGCGAGAUUUGAAUCUGAAAUCUCAGAUGUUAAAAGAAAAGGCCAGCGUUGGAAACAGCAUUGAUCUUUGUAGUCAUUAUGUUGCAGUUUAUUGAGAUGUUUAAUUUCAGAUCUAAAGCAAGUUGGACUAUUUCUCCAAAGACCUUUGUAAUGAUAGAAGCUUUAAACGGAUAGUUCAUACAAAAUUACAAUUCUGUCAUUCACUCACCCUCAUGUUCAUUAAUUGACAUUAAUUCUUCUGUGGAGCACAAGAAAAUAUUUUGAGAAAUGUCUUUUUGUGCAUAUAAUGGAAGUCAAUGGGCUUUAAUUUGGUUCCCAACAUUUCCAACUUGUUGUCCACAGAGAAAGUAAGUCGCACAGGUUUGGAAUGACAUAAAGGGGUGAGUAAAUAAUGACAGAAUUUUCUUUUCUUUCACUGUCCGUUUAACUGACCACUCAAAUAGUUUCUCUAGGCAUUAAAACGUGUUGAUGAUGCACUCGUGAUUUACUCUGAAUAUUGUUUAUUAUUUGAUUUUUUGUUCUUAUAUUAAAUACAUGUCAGGGAGUCUGGCUCGUGAUCAGAAUUUUAUUAGAUCUUAAAUCUCAGUCUGCUUAUAUUCCCUGUAAGUUGCUGGUUAGAAUAUGGUAAGGUGUGUGUGUGUGUGUGUAAAUAUGUGCAGUGUUGAUUGCAAAGAAAAGCAGCACUAGACUAAUAAAUGCUUUCUCUUAGCAUUUAGCAGUGUGUUUUCAGUCAGGUUGAAACACGCGUAAAUGUCAGGUUUGUCACUCAGCCUAUGAAUAAUAAAUAAAUGAUAGUCAUAAAAUGAUAGUUAAGGUUGUGUUUGAUGUAUAGUUAAGAUGAAUUUGUGGUACUGAUUUAAAUGCACUUCCCAGAUUGCACUGCUCUGCUGCCUGCUGUUGUGCAUAUCGCUGCGAUGAUCUUAUAAUAGGUAAGGCUUAUUGCAUGACACUGCUGUGUGCGUGUUAAUACUCUUCCUGUGGCCUUGUGUGUCUUUGUGCACACUUAAGUUCCUUUUUUGCUGAAAGAGGUGGUUUCCCAACUCAUCACUUCUGUAAACAGGAUUGUUUAGGAACCUCUGAAUGAUGAGACAACCAGUUACUCUUCUCAGCUCAGAGCAAUGCUGACCUUUGACCCUAGAACAAUGCAGAUCUAUGUAAUUUUAAGGUUAGAGGUUAUAAGGAAGAAGCAAAGUUGCUUUCUGGACCAAUUGGGCUUGUUCCUUACCGCGUGGUUCCAUAAUGUUUGGAUAGCAGUAGGUAGAUUGUAGCAUUUUUCUCAGGCCUGUGUUCUAGUACUCUGUCAUGUGUUAAUGACAAAAUAUGAGUGCUUUCAGUAGUUGUAAAUCCAUUACGUAGGUUAGUUUUUCCCUUUUCAGCAAUACACUGAAUCUGCAGAUUUUCAAAAGAUUGGAUUGCAUAUCAUUCAAAAAGCUCAAGACAUGCUGUAGCCCUUUCUUGUUUAUUUAAUGUUUUAUAACAGUAUUUUAAUAUCAUUUGAUAACUUUAACAACAAAAAGGUAGUACUCCCAGGUCAUUUUACCUCAUUUUGCCAUGUCUAAAUGAAAACAAUUCCCCUAUAAUCAGCACCAAAUGAAGAAAAAGGCAGCAGAGUCUGUGUGGUCCUGCUCAUGACCUAGAUUGAUCUCCUGAGAAACUGGUCCAGUGGUGGAGUUUUCAUUUUAAAGUGCUUUAUUUCCUUUGAUUUGGUUUUCUGUGGUUUACUGGAAAUAACACUGCUUCUUUUGAAUAAGCAGAUCUGAUUUGGAUACCACACAGUGCCUUUAAUGUAAAUGUCUGCAAUGUUUGAUAAGCACAGACAAUUAUUCCCAUCUGUUUCUUUUCCAUUCUUCUUUCAUGCAAAUGGAGCAUUUGACAAACUUUAAACUUAAGUGGAACAUUCUGAAUCAGAAUGAAAUUAAGCAAGUUUAAAUUGGAGUAGGAAAUUACUAAAACAAAUAGAAAUACAUUAAAACUUAAUAUUUAAAAAAACUAAAUGACAAAAGCACAAAAUUAAAUUGAAACCUCAAAAUAUAAAAAUAAAAACUAAUUCAAAAUAUUUGUAAAUACUGUAAUAACAUAAAAAAAAACUAAAAUGAGACUGGGUUUAUCUGUGAUUAGCUCUACAUUUUUUACCGUUUUUUUUUUUUUCUUUUUUUUUCAGAAAAAAAGAAAAAAGUUGCAUGUGUCAUUUAUCCUCCACUGGUGUUCACUUUGCUGUCAUAACCAUUUCAUAAAUAUAUUACAGAAAUGUAACAUUUGUCUCAUUUGAACAGACACCCUCCCAAUGCUUUGGAUGUUUAUUUCAAUGUGAAAUCACUUGUUGGUUGGAUUGUUUAAAAUGUCUGUUUGGUUGUUUUGCUACUAACUGUGUUUUUCAUUGUCAUUUUUCAGUCUCUGUACCAAAUAUGUCCCAGAAGCUUUGGAUACUGUAUGCGUGUUUGUGUAAACUGUUCUUUUUGGAGUUCUGAUUCUCCUGUGUGAUAUUAAUCUUGGUCUUUUUGAUUUCCUUUUUGAUGAUCUGUAAGUACAGAUGACUUUGCCAUCUCUACGUAUUAGUGGAGGCAUUCUGAAGGUGUUAAGAGCUCUGUGUAGUUGCAUUAUAAAACUAUUGACAAAACAAAAGUCUGCUGACCUUCAUCCAGCACUUCACACUGGAAGAAUCAAACUCCCACAUGGCUAAAAAUGUAAUGCACAAAUGACCAACCAAGUCGACGCCGUUUGCCUCAUGGUAAGUGUGUCAAGUCGUUGACAUAUAGCACAACUGUGCUCACAGCGACCAGAGUUCGAUUCCCAUCUUGAGGUCCUUUGCUGAUCCUGCUCCCCUCUCUACACUGUGCUCUCAAAAUAAAAAAGGCACAAAAAGCCCAUAAAUAUAACACAAAUGACCAACCUAGAAUUUAGUGUUUAUAAGGAGACCCGUGCCCUUAUGUUAAUAAAAUGACUUAAUAAAUUUUUUUCAUAGAAA